GAGGCAGAGCUGAUGGAGUCUUCGCGCAAGAGUGCCACUGGGAAGGUGCCAACGCUGAACACCAACGUCCUCGACGAGACGGGCCAGCUUCGACCGUUGACCCAGCACCUUGGGCGAAGUCAGUACUUGGCACCGGUGUUGCGGCAGUCUCCGACCUGCGCUCACCCCAGAGACUGGAGCUGGACGAAGUAUCGAGCAGAUCCCCAAGCUGACGCCGGACCGCGUGACAGAGUGGAACACCGUCCUGGUCUACCAGAAGCCCACCUAUGUCACGCCACAAGCCAAGAAGCAGGCCAAGGAGGCCAAGAAGGCUGGGACGACUACCGCGACGAGCUCGACAACGCCGACUGCGCCCCCACCACCGACGACGACCGCGCCACCAUCGGCGGCUACUGCCCGGGCGGGGACUAUCAGCCCGGCGCGACCGAGCUCAACCCCGACGUUUGGAGAACACCUGUCGGCACGAUUAACGGCAAGAGCAGCAGCGGCGAGUAUGGCAAAGGCGAGCGCCAGCGCUCGGAAGGACCGAUGCUCCCAACCAUGGCGGUGGAGCCGCCACUACAUCCCCCUCGUCUCGGCCGAGAUGCGGCGAUGGAGGUGGACCAGCAAGAGUACGAGAUUGGCACACCGGACCCUCCACCGACAUCGGUUGGGGAUUGGGAGCACGACAAAGAGAUGAUGGAAGAUGCGCUGAAUCUUCUGAUGCCAGGGGCGGCACCGACGAGGAGCUGCGCGAGAUGUUCAGACAAAGAGCUGGUGCUGAACUGGCACGAGGAGAGGCAGCGAUACCUCUGGAUAUGUCAGAGGGGCGACCCGGACUGCGAGUUUGUGUGGACGGACAAGCGAGCUGAACUCGGUGAUUGCAGCGUUCGAGGUGAAGCUCUGCUUUCAGUGCCAGGCCGAGGCCCUGAAGCCACACCAGCUUCGAGACCGGUGGGCGUGGAAGACGCACCAAUGGAUGGCACUUGGGAGCCAAUAGGCGGCCUGGAGGAGGAGCGCACCGCAGAUGAGAUCGGCCUGUCCUUCGAGAGCUUGGAGAUGCUGGCUACCCUGGUCAAGCCGGCCAACAGCUAUGUUUGGGCCUUUACGGGCCGGACUGUGUCCAGAACCAAGAAUGCGGUGGCGAAGUCACCCCGAGCAGCGCGGGUGAUCUUUAACGUUGACGAGGGUGAUGUGAAUGUGCUGGACAUUGCAAAGACGCAUGCUGUUGACUACGACCUGGGUGAUGAAGAGGUUACUGUGUUUGUGGUGCAAGAGUUUAAGGCCGACUUCGUGGAGGAGUUGGACGACGUGCGACAUGACCCGAUCGAGGUCACUCUGGACAAGAAUGCCAAGAAAGAACUGCUGGCGAACUUGAGCCAACUGAGUGGAGGCCAGGACGACGAGCUCUACUGGGACGCCUGCCUUCGUGAACAUGCGGAACUUCAGGUGGAUGUCUUCCUGAAAGAGGGCGAACCAGCAGGAGCAGGGCCAGACUCACCAGCACUACAUGGAUUACCAGCAGACCAUCACAACCACCAGGGCCAUGACUCAGCAGCACUACCUGGACUACCAGCAGACCAUCGCAACCACCAGGGCCAGACGACACAAGAAUACCGGUCAGGUAUCGGACAGGCCAGAAGGCACCAAAAGCCACCGCAACUUCCAGGACCUGAGGAUCUGAAUGACCGAUGUCGAUCCCUCCGGAAGACAGGGUCGAGAGCCAAAUGGGAGUGUGAGCAGGGUUUCUUGACCAUGCUUUGCGUAGACCCACUUCGAGUUCCAUUGCACGAGGUCGGACCGGGGCGUCGCAGCCUGCGAUGGACAGCCAUUCGUGGUGGUGACGCCUGGCGAUGGACCGAGAGAACUCAGACAGGCAAGCUUGAUAACCGAAUCAUGGACGCCGAGGCGGUUUUGGUUUACUAUGGAUGGGACCAGUCGGGCCUCGGACCACGACCGGAAGGUGACCACGACAUCUUUGCCGAGACGACUGACAUCUCCACACAGGAGAAACGAGCUGUUCUACGUUCUCAUGUGAACUUGGGCCACCCUGGACGAGCUGAGUUUGUCAGACUUCUUAAGGCAGCUGGAUGUCGAGCAGAAAUCAUACAAUAUGUGCAGCGCGAGUUCAAGUGUGCCGGCUGUGACCUUGAGCAAAGGCCACCCUCGAGAUUGCCGUCGGCAACCCCACGGACAUACGACUUCAACGUGGUCAUCGGCAUUGACGUGCUGUUCGUGCACGGCCUGGGCAACAAGACCGAGCAUCCGGUGUUGAAUGUGACGUGCCUUGGCGCCUUGUACUCGACCUUCGGCAUGAUUGAUCCUUUGCGCCGCUCGGCAAAGCUGACGCUUAAAGCCUUCGAGAGACUGUGGGUGAGAACGUUUGGGCCACCCGACUUCCUGAUGUACGACAUGGGCACUGAAUUCACAGGGAGUGACUUCCAGAGCGGCAUCGAGAGAAUGUGCAUCCAGCCGAUUGUCUGUGACCAUGAGGCUCCGUGGGAAAAUGGCGUGUGUGAAAGAAGAGGUGAUCUCUUCAAGAAGGUGUACUACAAGAGCAGGGAGAUAGCCCAGCCCCGGGACAUGGACGAGGUGGAGCUCUUGAUCUUCGAGUCGGCCUGGGCUCUUCAAACAACCAUCAACAGGUCGGGGUUUACCCCGGCGCAGCGGGUACUUGGCCGACAGCCCCGAGUAGCUCUGGACCUCACGAGCGACGAUCGGCGCUAUGAGUUGUUGGUGACCCAGGACAAAGCAUGGAACCGGGCAUCGGAGCUCCGAGAUGCUGCAAGGAAGGCGCUGAUGGAACUCGAUGCCAAGGAGCGUCUCCAGCGGGCCAAUCGGUCAAGACCACGGAGUCAAAGAGAGGGCCAGGUCUUCUCCGAGGGGCAACCCGUUGUUGUGUUGCGGCAGGGCCGCCGCGGUGCCCUUGCUAAAGUUGGACCCUGUUUCGUUGUCCUUCAACGUGGCUCGACAGUCUGGGUCACAAGGCGUGGAGAAUUGUGGAAGUGUGAUGCUUCCCAAGUCUUCGCUAUGGGGCCACUUGAGGUCCAGGGAUUGGAAGUCAUUCCAAGGGACUUGCUGAUGGCAAAAGAGCGGCUCAGGUUUGAUAACGAAAAGCUUGGCUUCGUUGACGUGACGCAGGAGAACCAGCCUGAUGAGAACGAGGCUCACGAAGAGUCAGACCGCGAACGACCUGAGCGACCACGACAACCCGAAAAUCAUGGACUACCACGAGACAAUGACGACAUCGCCGACCUGCCCUCUGAUGUGGGAGACUACUCACCUGAUGAGGUCCAAGAACCACAACAUGAACAACCAGCGGGAGCACCGAGCGUCAAGCCAACAUCCCGAGAACCACCACAGGAACCACCACCGGGAGCACCGAGCGUGAAGCCAACAUCCCGAGUGCCACCACCAAUGCCACCACGUUCUCAGCCUGCAACUUCGUCAACUGCCGCCCCACCACGACCAACAACAGCACCUGAAGAACCACCACCGACGGCUUCGGGGGAAGGCCGUGGACAAUGGAAACCCAACUUGGAGCUGAAGCAGUGGGUCCGCUACGACCACCAGGUCAUCGCCGACGAGAAGUUCGAUGGUGACGAGCGACCACGGCAGCUGUCACGGACUUUGCCUUCAGGACCGGCCAAUCUAGAGACAAUACUGUACUACAGGCCAAGGCCGGGACAUCCAGAUCCUGGAACGGCGGUGAGCGACACCGAACAAAAAGGGAUGCCAGUGGAUGAGGACAAGCGGCUCUUCGACAAGGGCUUGAAGCGAGUGCACGACGGAUCUGGACACCAAGGCAAUGCUCAACCAAAGUCAAAGAUUGGAGGCAUGUGGGUCGCCGAUGUGAUGACGCCAUGGGGCGACAAAAGGAAGUACCCGGUCAUUGCCACCUACUCGGAGUUGCGCUCUGGCUGGAUCUGCUUGACCAAGAAGUCAGGGAAGGAGCUCCAGGAACGGACCUUGAACGACAUCGAGAAGAAAAUGUUUGCCGAGGCAAAGCUGACCGAGAUCCAGAACUUGGAAGGGUCGUCCGCCAUCUCCUUCGUCACGGACCCCGAGGAGAUCCGGUUUAUCCUGACCAAGAAGCAGCAGGAAGUUGGCCAAUCUUGGAAGGCCAAGGCAAGAUGGAUCCUGCUUGGCCAUCGCGACCCUGACGCUCAGGAGCUGGAGAGAUAUGCGCCGACUCCGGCAACUCCGACUGUGUACCUCACCUUCCAGUUGCUGAGCAGCCUGCGCUAUAAGAUGAUCAUAAUGGAUGUGAGUUCUGCCUUUGGUCAGUCCGACCACCACACCCGUGAACAAGGACCAUUGUUCGCGACUAUGCCGCCGAGCGGCAUCCCCGGCAUGGAGCAGACCUGCCUGAUCAGAAUCCUUACAGCCGUUUAUGGACUCGUCAACGCGCCCGCCAUUUGGCGCCGAACGGUGCGGAAGGUGCUGUCGGAACUUGGCUACCUGGAAUCCACUUUCGACCCUUGUUUGUAUUAUCUUCCGUUUCUGGAAGAUGAAGGUGCACCACUGCUGCGAGGGUGCGCCGGCCUGGUGCUCCUCGAUGUGGAUGAUUUUGUCCAGGGAGGAAAUCCCAGACACGAGCAGCUGAUGGAGAGUCUCCGAGCGAGGUUCCGUUUCGGGAAGUGGAGGUCGAUCUACAAGUCAUCCGGCGAGUACCUCGGCCGGACCGUCUACCAGAACGAGGACUUUGAGAUCCAGGUCUCCAUGGAGCGGUACAUCCAGGAGAAGUUGAGGCCGAUCGUGUUCCACAAGGACAAGAUCAAAGAUGAAGGGCGAACCUUGGAUGAUAACGAGACCAAUCGUUAUUAUGGAUCGGGCGAGAAGCUCGGCCGGACAUGGGCGCAGCUUGAAGGGCCCAAGGUUCAGAACGUCAAGUGGAUCAACAAGGCAAUUGCCGAACUGAAGGGUACGAGUGAUACCCGCCUCCGCAUCCUCCCGAUCCCGCUCGAGAGUGGCCUCUGGAUGGUCUUUUCGGAUGCUUCCUUGGGCAAUGCCGAGAAAGAUAAGAGCCAAGGUGGCUUCUUGCUGGCGUUCGUGGAUAAGGAGAUCAUGGAUGGCAAAGUGGGCCGCCUGAGCAUCAACAGCUGGAAAUCGCAUCGACUGCGGCGAGCAGUGAAGGCGUCUCUUGGUUCAGAGGCCUUGGCUCUUGAUGAUGGGCUGGCUGAACUUGAAUGGGUGAAGGCCCUGUACUGCGAGAUAGCCAUCCCUGGCAACUGUGUGAACGAUGGAUCCAGGUAUGGAGAGGACGAGACCAUUGCCGUGGUCCGAGUGAAAGACGAGGAGGACGCCAUGGCCGUGACGGAUGCCAGGGCUCUCUACGACUUGUGGCACCGGCGAUCCGGAGCUGCUGGGCUUUGCAGACGAGCUCAGCUGGACGUGGCUGUGAUGAGUAAGAGCACGGAGGUUCUAAGAACCAAGCUCUUCUGGCUUCCCGGCGAGUACAUGGUUGCUGAUGCUCUGACAAAGAGGCUAGGGAAUAGUGCUCUGUUGCGGUGGGUCAUGAAGACCUGCAAGUUUGCCGUUACUAAACCGGCAUUAGAGGAGCUCUGGAAGACGCCCCUUGUUGGAUGUGGAACGCAUGACGACAUACUCCAGAGCUGUUCCCCCAAAUGCUAA